AUGGAAAAUGCCGCCGCCACGAUUACAGCAUAUUCCGUCCACCCAAGCUGCUCAACGGAGAAGGCAAUCUUAAACUCGGAAUCAGAGUCUUCGGGCGACCCAUACGCAGCAGCAUGGUGCGCCGAUAGUGUGAACCCAUCUGGGCAGUGGCUUCAGGUAGAUCUGAAUUCACUGACCAGUGUAGCAGGUGUGAUCACACAGGGAAGAGGAGAGGACCGGUACUCUAUAUCUCAGUGGGUGACCAGCUAUAAACUAGCAUUAAGCUCCGAUGGCGUCGUGUGGGAAACAUACUCAGAGUAUGGACAAGAAAAGGUGUUUGCAGGUAACACAGACAAGAAUACCGAAGUUGAACACCUCCUUGACCCGCCGGUCACGGCAAGGUUUGUCCGGUUUUACCCGCAGACGGUCUAUGGACAUCCCAGCAUGAGAAUGGAGGUGCUUCUGUGUGCUCCAGCAACAACUACAACUGAGACCGCCACUACUACAACGCCUGGUGUUACAACCACCACACCAGCUGAAACAACCACAACGCAUGCCGUUACAACUACCAUGCCUGCAUUUGCAACCACCAUGACUGCUUUUGCAACCACCACACCUGCUAUUACAACCACCAUGUCUGUAAACACAACCACCAUUACAACUAGUGGUGAUGCUUACAUAGAGACCACUGCGAUGUCAGGUGAAGCGACGCUAACCACCAGCCCGCCGGGGGAGGGAGGAUCCGCCGCCGCUAACAAGGGCGAGGCACGGGGCGGGGCGGUAGCAGGCGGCGUGGUGGGAGCGAUCAUGGCUGUAGCGGGAGCAGGACUAGCCGUAGGCGGGUUCCUGAUGUACAAGAAGAAAAAGAACAAUGUCACCGUGGAGCCUGCACCAUAA